AUUUUUUUUAAUAAUGACCGAUUCUAAAGAAGUACAAGCUUUGGAAAGCAUUGCGAGCGCAGUUGAUGAAUCACAGUUAAAAAUUAUCCUCACAACUCAAUGUAUAAAAGCUCAAUCGCUACUAGUUACUAAAUUGCGUAAACAGUCAGAUCAUCAGAAAGAAGUUUGUAAUUUUAUCAACAAUGGAAAUUUAAAACUGGAGACGGAAAUACGAAUUGCCGAACAGAAAAUUAAAAGCUCGAUCACUGCUCUGGAAACUAUUAAAACAGCAAAUGUUGAACUACAAAAGGAUCUAUUUUUGUCCAAAGAAAGAAAAAGUGAUAUACUUGAAAGGGUGAAAACUGGUAUAAAAAAAUAUGAAGAUAUGUGGCAAGAGGCAAAGACGAAAUACGAAAAUAUUCCGUUUAUAAAACAUUAUCUUGAAACAAAAAAUCUAACGAUUACGAUAAAGCAAAACAUUGAUCACCUAAUUAAUGAUUCUCAAAAGCUCAACCAUGAAAUAAAUGAAAAGAAAAUGAAACUAGCUAACCAAGAUAGAAAAUUAGUAAUAGAAUUGGCAAACUAUUUGGUUAACGAACGUCCGAAAACGUUGCUGCUAAUACAAGAGAAAUCUGAAAAGAUAAAAGAGUUAAAUAAAGCAAUCAAAGACAGCAACGAAGAUAUAAAUGCCACUUUAUCUGAAGCUAAAAUAGAUAAAUCAAUAAGCAAAUUAAAUGCAAAUAGAGAUUCUACAAGAAACCAGGACGACGCGGACAGUAUGCUACCAAAACUGGAAUUGAGCAACAUUGAUUUUGAUCUACUUACUGAUAAGCUAAAUAAGAUAAAGAAAUGUGAUUCUUUUAAUUCGAAAGUUAAUGUUAUAAAUCAAAAUCAAUCACAAUUGAAUACGCAAACAGAAAGAGAUGCAGUAGCAUCAACUGUCCAAAAUAAUGAUUACAAAAUGAUUCUUAUUGACAAUAAUUUAAAUACACCAAAGAAUUACUCUGAAAAGAAAUUGAUUCACAUACUAGAUGAUAUAAAGAUAAAUGAAAACGAAACCAAAGAAAUAUUAGCAAAUGUUAAGAAGAACUCUUUGAGAGAUGUUAACGUUUUUGAAGUUAUAUCUCCACGUAAUGCAGACGAUAGCGGUCCAUCUAACACUGUAAAGGAGGACAAGAAACUUGAGGAAUUGGAAGAAAUAGAUUCUACUCCUAAGCCAUCAUCUUUAAUUGGACCACCUUCACAAUUUUUGGAUGUAACAGAAGGCACCCAGAAAAAUGAGACUAUGGAAGUAGAUACCACCGACACAUCCAUAAAAGAACUAGAUACAUCCAAUAAAGAUGAUGAGGGAGAUAUAGAACUAGUCAAAAGUGGAGAAAGCGACAGAAGUUUUGAAAAAAUUAAAGAUACAAUACUGAAAAAGCAUAAGCUUGAUCUUUCACCACAGUUUGUUUAUACUAAGAAGCCGAUGGUACAAAGUACUUUUCAGAAAUCGGAAAUAAAAUCGAAAUUCUUUGAUGAUAAGAAAGAAACACAAGAGGAAGCAAAUUUAUCCAACAAUACCUCUGAGAUUAUAGAAAUCGUAGAUAAAGAUAAAGAAGAACCUAAUAAUGUAGUCAAAAAAUCUCCAAAGCAAAAUGAACAAAACACUGAGAAAAAGGACAAUAUGGCAAUAUCAGGUUUCCUGUUCAACCACGGAGCUGAUGGUAUUGUACAACUAUCAAAUACUUCACUUGAUACCACUGGUUAUGGUGGAGAUGAAAAUGAUUUUCCACACUGUAUAGAUUCCAGCUUGCUGCUUUCACCAAAAGCCGACUUGGACGAACAAGAUAACCCUGCAAAUAAUGUCCAAGUAUCUUCUCAAGAAGUCCCUAACUUUUUAACAGGUUUACGAAAAACGGGAUUUUCAUUCUUUGGUCCUUCUACACCAGACGAGGCUUCCACUUCAGGGAAUAAAACUCAACAGAGCAACUUCAAUUUUAACUUUGGAGGUGACGAAAAGAAAUCUAGGGGAGGUUUAUUUAGUAUGUUUCGUUAAAAAUAGUAUAGUUUCUAAUUUUGACACAUAAAUAAUUAAUUAAAACAAUU